GAAAAACUGUUAGGACAGCUUUGAUCUAAUAGAUUGCUAAAACGUCUUAGAGCUUCACAACACUGAUUAAAAUUAUAUGGCAUAACUCUUAGACACUUAAAGUCUUUAGAAACCCUAAAUAUAAAAGAAAAUCUGCUUUUCUUAAAGUAAACGAAGAAGUGAUUUUUGGAUUUAUCACUCUGUGUGUGUAUGUCCACGCACACGCAUGCAAGCGUGCGUGUGUGCUGAUUUGUUCACACAGACUGGCUGACGAGUUGCAGCUCUGUUUCAUUGAACAUUAAUGUUUCUAUCUGUGGCUGCUAACUUUUAUCCCUGUGUUUUCCCAAGAUUGAACAAAAGCUUGCUCAGGCACAGAACUUAACUCAGGGCUGGGAAGAAAUCAAGCACCUGAAGGCUGAGCUUUGGAUUUAUCUUCAGGAUGCUGAUCAGCAACUGCAGAAUAUGAAGAGGAGGCACUCUGAAUUGGAGCUAAAUAUUGCACAGAAUAUGGUUUCCCAAGUAAAGGAUUUUGCUGAGAAACUACAGUGCAAAGAGGCAUCGGUGAGCACUAUCACAGAAAAGGUGGAUAAGUUAACAAAGAAGCAGAAGUCUCCUGAACACAAGGAAAUAAGUCAUUUAAACGAUCAAUGGCUAGAUCUGUGCCUUCAGUCUAACAACCUGUGCUUGCAAAGGGAAGAGGAUCUUCAGAGAACAAGAGAUUACCAUGACUGUAUGAAUGUUGUUGAAGCAUUCUUAGAAAAAUUUACUACAGAAUGGGAUAACUUGGCCAGAUCUGAUGCAGAGAGUACAGCCGUCCACCUGGAAGCUUUGAAAAAGUUAGCAUUGGCGUUGCAGGAGAGAAAGUAUGCUAUUGAAGAUCUGAAAGAUCAAAAGCAGAAAAUGAUGGAGCAUCUGAAUUUAGAUGACAAAGAAUUAGUCAAAGAACAGACAAGUCACUUUGAACAGCGCUGGUUUCAGCUUGAGGACCUUGUCAAAAGGAAAAUCCAAGUAUCGGUCACCAACCUGGAGGAGUUAAAUGUGCUGCAGUCCAGAUUUCAGGAGCUAAUGGAGUGGGCUGAGGAGCAACAGCCCAACAUUGCUGAAGCCCUUAAGCAGAGCCCCCCUCCUGAUAUGGCCCAGGACCUCCUCAUGGGUCACCUGGCCAUUUGCAGUGACCUGGAGGCCAAACAGAUGCUCCUGAAAUCACUCAUAAAGGAUGCAGAUAGGGUGAUGGCCGAUCUCGGCCUGAAUGAGCGGCAAGUGAUCCAGAAGGCACUCGCAGAUGCACAAAAACACGUGAAUUGUCUCGGCGACUUAGUGGGACAGCGAAGAAAGUACUUAAACAAGGCUUUGUCCGAGAAAACCCAGUUCCUCAUGGCAGUGUUCCAGGCAACCAGCCAAAUCCAGCAACACGAGCGAAAGAUAAUGUUCCGUGAGCAUAUCUGCCUGUUACCAGACGAUGUCAGCAAACAAGUUAAAACCUGUAAGAGUGCACAAGCCAGCCUCAAGACUUACCAAAAUGAUGUCACUGGACUUUGGGCCCAGGGUCGUGAAUUAAUGAAAGGAGUCACAGAGCAGGAAAAGAGUGAGGUGUUGAGUAAGCUUCAGGAAUUGCAGAGUGUCUAUGACACUGUUUUACAAAAGUGUAGUCAUCGGUUACAAGAACUAGAGAAAAAUUUAGUUUCUAGGAAGCAUUUUAAGGAAGAUUUUGAUAAAGCUUGUCACUGGCUAAAACAAGCAGAUAUUGUUACAUUUCCAGAAAUCAACUUAAUGAAUGAGAACACUGAGCUUCAAACACAAUUGGCCAAAUACCAGCACAUUCUUGAGCAAUCUCCAGAAUAUGAAAAUCUUCUACUUACACUGCAGAGAACUGGACAGGCCAUAUUACCAUCGCUGAAUGAGGCUGAUCAUUCCUACCUCAGUGAAAAGCUAAAUGCUUUGCCCCAACAAUUUAAUGUAAUUGUUGCCCUGGCUAAAGACAAGUUCUAUAAAGUCCAAGAAGCAAUUCUUGCUCGAAAAGAAUAUGCUUCCUUGAUCGAGUUGACAACCCAGUCUCUGAGUGAACUUGAAGACCAGUUCUUGAAGAUGAACAGAGUCCCCAGUGACCUGAUUGUUGAAGAGGCCCUGUCUCUUCGGGAUGGUUGCAGAGCUCUUCUGGGUGAGGUAGCAGGCCUCGGGGAAGCGGUAGAUGAACUGAACCAGAAAAAAGAAAGUUUUCGCAGCACUGGUCAGCCGUGGCAGCCAGACAAGAUGCUGCACCUUGUUACCUGGUAUCACAGGCUGAAGCGACAAACAGAACAAAGGGGUAGCUUAUUAGAAGACACAGUGAGCGCUUACCAAGAGCAUGAACAGCUGUGCAAACAGCUGGAGAGACAACUCCAGGCUGUGAAAACAGAGCAGUCCAAAGUGGACGAGGAAACACUGCCUGCAGAGGAGAAGCUCAAAAUGUAUCACUCCCUGGCAGGAAGUCUCCAGGACUCAGGGACUCUGCUAAAGCAAGUGACCAUGCAUCUCGAAGAUCUUGCUGCACACCUUGAUCCCUCGGUUUAUGAGAAAGCCAAGCAUCAGAUCCAGUCCUGGCAUGAAGAAUUAAAACUGUUGACUUCCGCCAUCGGUGAGACGGUGACCGAGUGUGAGAGCCGAAUGGUGCAGAGUAGAGACUUCCAGACCGAGAUGAGCCGCUCCUUGGACUGGCUGAGGAGGGUGAAGGCAGAACUGAGUGGGCCCGUGUGCCUGGACCUCAACCUGCAGGACAUCCAAGAGGAAAUCAGGAAGAUCCAGAUUCAUCAGGAAGAGGUCCAGUCCAGCUUGAGAAUCAUGAGCGCCCUGAGUGACAAGGAGAAGGAGAAAUCCACAAAAGCCAAGGAACUGAUUUCUGCUGACUUGGCACAUACCCUGGCUGAGCUCUCAGAGCUGGAUGGAGACAUUCAGGAAGCCUUACGGGCCAGACAGGCUACUUUGACUGAAGUAUAUAGUCAGUGUCAAAGGUAUUAUCAAGUAUUUCAAGCAGCUAAUGACUGGCUUGAGGAUGCCCAAGAAAUGUUACAGCUGGCGGGCAAUGGCCUAGAUGUGGAGAGUGCAGAGGAAAAUCUCAAAAGCCACAUGGAAUUUUUCAGUACAGAGGAUCAGUUCCGCAGGAAUCUGGAGGAGCUCCAAGGCCUGGUAGCCAACCUGGACCCACUCAUCAAGCCAACUGGCAAAGAAGAGCUAGCACAGAAAAUGGCUUCUCUAGAAGAGAGAAGCCAGAAAAUAAUCCGGGACUCUCAUGCCCAGCUAGAUCUUUUGCAGAGAUGUACAGCUCAAUGGCAAGAUUACCAGAAAGCAAGAGAAGAGGUUAUUGAAUUGAUGAAUGAUGCAGAAAAGAAAUUGUCUGAGUUUUCUUUGUUGAAAACUUCUUCCAAUCAUGAAGCAGAAGAAAAACUGUCAGAACAUAAGGCUUUAGUGUCAGUAGUUAACUCUUUCCAUGAGAAGAUUGUGGCUCUGGAGGAGAAAACUUCACAACUGGAGAAAACCGGAAAUGACACAAGCAAGGCAACCCUGAGCAGGUCCAUGACCACGGUGUGGCAGCGCUGGACGCGCCUCCGUGCUGUGGCCCAGGACCAGGAGAAGAUACUGGAAGAUGCAGUGAAUGAGUGGAGGGGCUUUCACAAUAAGGUUAAAAAAGCCACUGAAAUGAUUGAUCAACUGCAAAAUAACCUACCUGGAAGUUCAGCAGAGAAAGCCUCAAAAGCAGAACUCUUAACUCUUCUUGAAUAUCAAGACACAUUCGUUCUGGAGCUGGAACAGCAGCAGCUGGUGUUAGGCAUGCUACGGCAACAAGCACUGAGCAUGCUCCAGGAUGGGGCCGUCCCGUCUGCUGGAGAAGAGCCGCCCAUCAUGCAGGAAAUCACAGCCAUGCAGGACCGGUGCCUGAACAUGCAGGAGAAAGUAAAGAACAACGGAAAGUUGGUAAAGCAAGAACUGAAGGAGAGAGAAGUGGUGGAGACUCAAAUCAAUUCUGUGAAAUCUUGGGUUCAGGAAACGAAGGAAUAUUUAGGGAAUCCAACAAUAGAAAUAGAUGCUCAACUUGAAGAACUUCAGAUUCUCCUAACAGAAGCUACAAAUCACCGACAGAACAUUGAGAAGAUGGCUGAAGAACAGAAGAAUAAGUACCUGGGGCUUUGUACUCUAUUACCUUCUGAACUCUCCCUUCAGUUAGCUGAAGUAGCGUUGGAACUAAAGAUCCGUGAUCAGAUCCAAGACAAAGUAAAAGAAGUUGAACAGAACAAGGCCAUGAGCCAGGAAUUCAGCCAGCAAAUCCAGAAGAUAGCCAAAGAUCUCACAACUAUUUUAACAAAGCUGAAAGCAAAAACAGAUGAUUUAGUUCAAGCCAAAACUGACCAAAAGGUGCUGGGAGAGGAACUGGAUGGUUGUAAUUCAAAGUUAAUGGAAUUAGAUGCAGCAGUACAGAAGUUCUCGGAACAGAAUGGCCAACUGGGUAAGCCACUGGCCAAGAAGAUAGGAAAACUGACUGAACUUCACCAGCAGACUAUUAGACAGGCUGAGAAUCGCCUCUCCAAGCUCAGUCAGGCAGCAUCACAUUUAGAAGAAUACAAUGAAAUGCUUGAAUUAAUUCUGAAGUGGACUGAGAAAGCUAAAAUCUUGGUGCAUGCAAAUAUUGCGUGGAAUUCUGCAAGCCAACUUCGGGAGCAAUACAUUUCACAUCAGGUAACUAGGAAAAUAGUUUCCAAAGAGUAA